AUGGCAGCUUCUGCAGGUCGCCGUUCCCUGAGGCUGAUAAACAGCUCUUGCCAGCAGCAGCACCACCAGCAGCAGCCCCCGCAGCAGCUGCUGCAGCACCAGCAGCAGCAGCAGCAGCAGCAGCAGCAGCAGCAGAAUGAGAGAGACAAGGAUGGCUUUCUAAGGCCGUCAGCGCUGCGUAAGCGGCGUGUGUUAGCGAGGCCCCCAGGCAGCAGCAGCAAAGCAGCAGCAGCAGCAGCACAUGCUCCUGCUGCUGCUGCUGCUCCUGUUGCUGCUGAUGGGUCUGAUACAGAAGAAGACUACAGCAGCAGCAGCAGCAGCAGCAGCAGCAGCUACGGCGACAGCAGCGAAGAUGAAGCAUACGGAAGCAGCCAGACAAAGGCUGUCUCCAUAAUCACAAAAAAGAGAAAAGCUGCUGCAGCACGCAGCAGCAAACACAAGCAGCAGCAGCAGCAGCAGCAGCAGCAGUUGCUGCUGCUGCAGCGGCAGCGGCACCAGCCAGACCGGAUAGAGCAGGAUGGCGAGCUGGAGCAGCCAAAAAAGAGAAAAGCUGCAGCAGCACGCAGCAGCAAACACAAGCAGCAGCAGCAGCAGCAGCAGCAGUUGCUGCUGCUGCAGCGGCAGCGGCACCAGCCAGACCGGGUACAGCAAGAUGACGAGCUGGAGCAGCAGCAGCAGCAGCAGCAGCAGCAACAGCAGCAGCUGCUGCUGCUGCCAGCAGAGCAGCAGCUUUCUAUCGAAGCUGUAACAAAGGACCCAGCAGCAGCAGCAAGAGAAUACUGCAGACAGCUGCAAGCAGCAGCAACAGCAGCAGCAGCAGCAGCAGCAGCAGCAGCAGCAACAGCAACAGCAGCAGCGGAUGAUGCUGCGCUGCAGCAGACUGCCGAUUCUCUACUACUGCAUGCAGCACAGCUGCUGCUGCUCCUUGCGAAGGUGGUGGGGUUGAGGACCCCCUCUUUUGCUGCUGAGAAGAAGACAGCUCUCUACAGCCUCUGCAUGCGCCUGCUGCGCAGCAGCAGCAGCAGCAGCAGCAGCAGCAGCAGCAGCAGCAGCGGCAGCAGCAGCGCUCCGUCUCGGCAUCGAUUGCGCCAGCAGCAGCAACAGCAGCAGCAGCAGCAGCAGCAGCAGCAAGACAUCCUGCUGCUGACGGAUCUGCUGCUGUCGCAGUCUACGAAGGGCCCCAAAGGUCACCGCAAGAGCCCGCAGCAGCAGCAGCAGCAGCAGCAGCAGCAGCAGCAGCAGCAGCAGCAGCAGCACUCGAUCCGCGUGAGCAACUGCAACGCGCUUCGCUGGUUUCUACAUUAUGUUGGUGAGGAGGAGGCCCUGCAUGCAGCAGCAGCAACUGCAGCAGCAGCAGCAACAGCAGCAGCAGCAACAGCAGCAGCAGCAGCAGCAGCAGCACCAACAGCAAAUUGUCUAGCGUUGCUGCUGCAGCUGCUGCAGCUGCUGUCUCGAUCCCCAGCCAGAAGACUGAGGCUUGCUGCCACCAUUGCAGCUGUCGGCCUCGUCAGUGGAGCAGCAGCAGCAGCAGCAAAUCUGCUGCGAGAGCAGCAGCAAGAAGAAGAAACAUCUAUAGUUGGCGCUGCAGUACAGCAGCGGCUGCAGCAGCUGGAAGCAGAAGAGGCAGCACUGCAGCAGCUGCUGCAGCAGCUGCUGCUGCUGCUGCAGCAAAGAGCUGAUGAUGUCUGCCCCCAUGUUAGAUCAGAAGCAGUCAAAGCUUUGACAGUUGGGCUUCCCUUUGCUGUUCCUUCGCUUGUGCUGCGUGAGGAGACGUUCUUGCUGCUGCUGCCGGCGCUGCAGCAGCAGCAGCAGCAGCAGCAGCACGAGCCGCAGCAGCAGCAGCAGCAGCAGCAGCGAGAUGAAAUUUUGGCUGCUUUGGGGCUUUUUCAUCUGGCAACGCAUGCAGUGCUCGACAGCAGCGCAGCAGCAGCAGCAGCAGCAGCAGCAGCAGCAGGAGAGCAGCAGCAGCAAAUAUCAACAGCAGCAGCAGCAGAAAGCCGUAAAUUUAUUGAAGCAGCACUUCCUUUGGUGCUGCUGCAGACAGCAGCAGCAGAUCCUGUUCUUGCUGCUGCAGCUCUUCGUUGUUUGUUGCCGUUUGCUGCAGCAACUGCUGCUGCAGCACAGCAGCAGCAACAGCAGCAGCAGCAGCAGCAGCAGCAGCAGGUGCUGCCGCUGCUGCAGGACGCAGCAGUUCGGCAGCUAUUAGAUAUAUUCUGGCUUGCUGCAGAUGCAGCAGUAGUUGAAGCAGCAGCAGCAGUUGUUGGUUUGCUGUUGCUGCCUCCUGCUGUUGCUGCAAGAUGCUAUGCACCCCAUUGCUUUUUUUGUUGGUGCGAGCCUGUGCUGCAGCAACAACGACAGCAGCAGCAGCAGCAGCAGCAGCAGCAGCAGCAGCACAGAAGAACUGCAUGCGCUGCUCGACUUCUGCGUGGCUUACCUGCCAAAGACAGACUUCCUAAGCCGCUGCCGCAGCAGCAGCAGCAGCAGCAGCAACAGCAGCAGCAGCAGCAACAGCAGCAGCAGCAGCAGCAGCAGCAGCAGCGAGUCUUGCUUGGCAUAUUCUCUAGCAGCAAAUGUAGUGAUAGGCUUCUGGGAUUUGCUGCCUUCUGUUCGGAGGGUAGAUCUGCUGCUGCUGCUGCUGCAGCAGCAACAGCAGCAGCAGCAGCAGCAGCAGAUAGAUGA